AUGAGUGCGCCGUCAGUAAUACGGCCGGUACGGCAUGUCAUCCAAUGGAAGCCGCAAUCCGCGGUCCUCCGGCCAAUCCAGGCCACCUCCAUUCCUUCGUUAUCCCGGCCAAAGAGCUCAGUAGCAUCCAAGGCCGCGAGACCAGCGUCUACCACAGCAGCUGAAUCUAAAGAUUCCAAGCCCGAUCCUAGACUCCCCCGAUCCGUCCAGUCCCUAUACCUCCAGCCGCUGCGCCACGAAGUCGAGUACGGCGUGCCCUCGGCCGAUCUGCAGCUGCGGUCCUUCAACGUCCGCAGCCUCGAGUUCUUCUGCGACUUUGCGCUGCGGGCCGCCUACUACCUCAAGCUGCCCGCCUUUGGACCCGUACCGCUGCCCAAGAUCACGGAGCGCUGGACUGUGCCCAAGAGUCACUUCAUCUUCAAGAAGUCGCAGGAGAACUUUGAGCGUGUGACGCUGCGGCGCCUCAUCCAGAUCCGCGACGGCAACCCGGAGACGGUGCAGAUAUGGCUCGCCUUCCUGCAGAAGCAUGCCUACCCCGGCGUCGGUAUGAAGGCCAAUAUGUGGGAGUUUAGCAAGCUGGACGUCGGCAAGUUGAUGGACGAGGGUGCGAAGGAUGCUGCUGGUGUGAUCGAACCCAAGUGGGCGCAUUUGGGAGAGAGCAAGACGAUCGGCACGGUUGAGAAGGUGGAGGAGCUGUUGACAAAGGAGAGAGUCAACCUCAGCGGAGGCCUAGAUGAAAAUGAGGUGGUGCAGGGGUCCCGCGACAGCCCAGUCGCUGAGGAGCCUCGCCCGCAACCCGCGCGCCUCACUCGCAACAGCGCCGGGGCCGCCGUGGCUCUCAUCUCAAUGCCACCAGAGCAGCCGGCGGCGCCUAGCCUCCUCCUCAUCCACCUCCGCCACGGGUGCGCCCGCCGCCGCCGCGGCGCCGGCCGUCGUCUUCUCGGGCAUCCAGCCGACGGGCGUGCCGCACCUGGGCAACUACCUGGGCGCGCUGAGCCAGUGGGUCCGGCUGCAGCGCGAGGCCGCGCCGGCGGACCGGCUGCUGUUCUCGAUCGUCGACCUGCACGCCAUCACGGUGCCGCAGGAGGCCGAGGCGCUGCGCCGGCGGAGGCGGGAGAUGAUGGCCGCGCUGCUGGCCAUCGGGAUCGACCCGGAGCGGUGCAUCGUGUUCUAUCAGUCGUCGGUGCCCGCGCAUUCGGAACUCAUGUGGAUUCUCAGCUGCACGGCGUCUAUGGGUUAUCUCUCGAGGAUGACGCAGUGGAAGGUUGGGGCCGAUGGCAGAGCAAAAUGCAUCUAUCCAACGAUGCCUCGUUCCUGGAUGAGAAGGCCAAGACGUCCUUGAAGCUGGGUCUGUUCUCAUACCCCGUGCUACAGGCCGCUGAUAUCCUUGUCCACCGAGCUACACACGUCCCCGUCGGCGAAGACCAGCGGCAACACCUCGAGUUCGCCCGCGACUGCGCCCUCGGCUUCAACCACGUCUACGGCGGGCAGCACCUCGUCGCCCCCGAGACCAUCCUCUCCAAAUCCGCCCGCCGCGUCAUGUCCCUCCAGCAGCCGACGCAAAAGAUGUCCAAGUCCCACGCCGACCCCCGCUCGCGCAUCCUCCUCACCGACUCGCCGGCCGAGGUCCGCAAGAAGCUCAUGUCCGCCCUCACCGACUCGACCAACGCCGUCAGCUACGACCCGGCCGCGCGCCCCGGCGUGGCCAACCUGCUCGAGCUGCUCUCCAUCUUCGAGGGGGAGACGGAGGCGACGCCCACGCCCGAGGAGCUCGCCGCCGAGAUGGCGGCCGCCGGGGCCACGCUCAAGACGCUCAAGGAGCGCGUCGGCGACGCCGUUGUUGACGGCAUUGGGGGCAUCCGCGAGCGGUACCUCGAGCUGCUCAACCGCGACGGCGGGAGGUACCUGGACGAGGUGGAGGCCAAGGGGGCAGAGAAGGCCCGGGCCAGUGCCGAGGAGACGAUGAAGGAUGUGCGGUCUGUCGUGGGGCUUUGA